AUGGAUAGCCCCGAAUGGGAGAGUGUCCUCCAGUUUGUCUCCGAGCCACUCGACAUGGACAUUAUGUCCGACAAACUUGUUCACGAAACGGGCUCCGCUGCCCCGUCCCAGGUCCCAACCCCACCUCUUAACCCUGUUGUGUCCAUCAGCACUACCUUCUUUUCCGGUGCAAAUCUGAACCCCCUCCCGCCCGAUCUCGUAUUUCUCUCCUCCGACGCCGUCUUCUUCUAUGUUCACUCCGAACAAGUGCUCGGUGCCUCAGAGAACGGCUUCUGUGGCCUCCUGCCCGCCAAGCCAGCUAACCCCCCUCCCGCGCUCAAGAGCUUUCCCCGUGUUGAGGAGCUUGGUCCCAUAAUUGCCUUACCCGAAUCAGCCCACGUCGUCAACGUCGUCCUCCACACCAUAUACGGCAUCUCCUGCGCACACUAUGCGCCCUCCCUCGACAUCCUUCUAGCCGCUACGGACGCGCUCCAUGAAUAUGGGAUUCCAGUGAAGCGCUACUGCACUCCUUCUACCCCUCUGUUCGCCCUCAUCCUCGCCCAGGCCCCCUUCAACCCGAUCGAAGUCUACGCGCUCGCCGCGCAUCAUGACCUUUACGACCUCGCUGUGCCUAUUUCGUCGCAUCUUCUCGGGUACCAGCUGGCCAGCCUCUCGGACGCGCUCGUGCAGAAGAUGGGGCCAAUCUACCUGAAACGUCUGUUCUUCCUUCACCUGGGGCGCAUCGACGCGCUCAAACGGCUUCUCUUGCCUCCACCGCAUCCGCACGCGCCGACAGCGGACUGCGACUUCACGGAGCAGAAGAAGCUGACGCGUGCAUGGGCGCUCGCAUCGGCGUACCUCGCUUGGGAUGCCCGACCAGAUUUAUCAAUGGCGGCUAUAGAAGCAGCGCUACGCUCGCUCGAAGAGCACUUGUCGUGCGGCGUAUGCAAGAAGUCGUUGGGGGAACGCAUUAAGCAGUUGAUCGUACAGUGGUCCGUUGUCAAAGUGCUCACGUAA